GUUAGUAAUCGUUUUUUACAGUGUUUAAUGUGCAUGAAUUGGUAAAUGUGAAGUGUGAAACAUGGAGGAAGUGGAAGAUGAAAACAGUAUUAUUAAUUUGAAAGAAAUUCCAGUUGUAGUGAGGAUUGAAAGUGAAGACAGUGAUAAUGAGGGAGGACUUGGCAAUGUGUCAAGAGUUGUUAUGCGACCCCCAGGACACAGUGGCAAAGCCAAGAGAGGACAUCUCUGCUUCGAUGCUGCUUUUGAGACAGGAAAUCUUGGACGAGUUCAGCUGGUAUCAGAUUUUGAAUACGAUUUGUUCAUUCGACCUGACACAUGCAAUCCACGUCUUCGAGUUUGGUUCCACUUCACUGUCGAUAAUAUUCGCAUUGAUCAGCGUGUUAUAUUCAACAUAGUGAAUUUCAGCAAGAAACGUACACUAUUUCUCAAUGGAAUGACACCACUUGUUCGUUCGCACUUCAGAAAUAAAUGGCAAAGGAUGCCAAGAAAGAAUGUUUACUACCACAAAUCACCAUACCACAUGAGCAAUUACAUUCUGACAUUCUCAUUCACAUUCGAUAAAGAAGAGGAUGUCUAUGACUUCUCAUUCAGCUAUCCGUACAGUUAUUCGAAAUUGCAAGCGCAUUUGGAAUUGAUCGAGAGAAAACAUUUCGCCCAUUUCAAGCGAGAACUUCUUGGCAAAUCCAUUCAAAACCGGAGGUUGGAUAUUUUAACUAUAACGCAUCCGAAAAAUAUGACACCUGGGCAACAAUUGCGAGUUGUAGUUAUAAUGGCUCGCAUACAUCCAGGAGAGUCUCCUACCUCCUUUGUUUGCCAGGGGAUUAUAGACUUUCUUGUGAGCAAUCAUCCGAUUGCAAUCAUAUUGAGAGAGCAUAUAGUGUUCAAAAUCGUACCCAUGCUAAAUCCGGAUGGUGUAUUUCUUGGUAAUUAUAGAUCAUCAUUAAUGGGAUUGGAUCUAAACCGAUGGUGGAAUUCUAUUUCUCACUGGCUGCAUCCAACCCUCCACUCUGUGUUUAGUUUUUUAUCGGGUAUUGACCAAGAUAAGAAUAUGGAAUUGGAUUUUGUAAUGGAUUUACAUGCUCAUUGUAGCUUGUUAGGCGUAUUUAUCUAUGGAAAUACCUAUGAUGAUGUUUUCAGGUAUGAGAGACAUAUAGUUUUCCCAAAAUUGCUAGCCCAAAAUACUGAUGGCUAUGAAUCAUGCAAUACAAUGUAUAAUAGGGAUAUCAAUAAAGCUGGCUCAUCACGAAGAGUUCUAUGUGACGUCCUGAAAGAUUCAGUUAACUGCUACUCACUGAUAGUAUCCUACCAUGGAUAUAAACACCCAAACGUACCAGGUGUUCACUACUAUACUGAGGAGUCUUAUUACCGACUGGGACGCAACGUUGUGCGAACCUACUUGGAUUACUAUCGUAUAACAGGAGUGGUGCCAGCGGCAGAGAGAGAACCAAGGCAGGCUCGGGCCAGGAGACGUCAACCGAGAACCAAAUCCUUCCACAGUCGAUCGGUGCCAGGUCGAUCAGCUGCCUUGCCUUCGUCCAGGGAGGCCUCAGCACACAGAGUGGCCCUCACUUUCCGAGACGAUGCGCUGACAAGUGAAGGGGAAGGAGAGCGGACCUGUCACACACGUGUCACCUCUCACACGUGGGUGAAGAGACGACGCUGUAGGUCCCAGCCUCCACCUAGACCUCCACCUCCAUCUCAACCACCACUACCACCUACAGUCAACAUCAUCGACUUCAACACACUCACUCGGGGUGGUCUUGAGCUGGCUAAGAAACGCAAAGCACCUCCUUAUUAAUAAUUUCAUUCGAAUUUACACACUUUUGUAUCGACAAGAAAUACAUGCAACAUACCAGAAUAUUAUUCAUUUUUUCAAUGAAACACUGGAAUGUUGUCUACAAACAUCACGAAUUAAAUGAAAAUUCCAUCUUACCAACAACAGUAUCUGAAGUAAACAAUAAUUCCCGAUUUAAAAAUAUUAAAUGAAAAUACUAAGAAAUUGUCAAAACCACAGAUUUAUUGAUACUAAGAAAGACCGGUUGGAUGGUAUAAUCAAUGAACAUAAUAAAUUAAUAAAAUGAUAUUCUUUCAAAUACAUAAAUCACUUUUCCGGAAGUGCGGAGCCCACAUAAAUCUGUGGAUUUAUUUGUAACUUUGUUUCGAUAGUGAUUACCAUCAACUGGUUUCGGUUGUUACACCAUUGUCAAUCUCUGAU